CUUUUGUUUUGCUAGCUAAGAGCAGAGCAGAGCCGAGGUUAGCUAGCUAGCAAGCAAGCGGUGGAGGGAAAGCUAGGUGGGAGAGAUGGAGGAGAGACUACUGGUGAUGAAAAAACAUAAUUAUUUAUUGGCAAUUAGAUUUAAUUUCAAUGUCCAUUAUUUUCAGUCAAUUCCCUUUUAAAUGAUGUUUUGUUUUCAUGCAACGUGCUAACGUUAGCUAGCUGUAGAGCUAGCUACUGUACAGGUAGUAUCGUCACGUUCGCCUCCUGUGGCUAAACUAGCGUGAUUGAAUGAUAGUCUGGUUUUGCUCUCUGUCAAAAUAGUUUUUUCCCUAUGGUCCUAAACAAAUUCUCACACAUACAAAACGCAGUUAGUAACUGUGUAGAACACAUAGCUAGUUGGCUAAAAAGAAAAGCAAAGGUACCGUUAUUUGGUCAACUAAGUUAGCUAACGUUAGCUUGCUAACUGGGCCUGGAAUGGAGCCAGGUGAUUUGCGUGUGAGCCCAGCAGGCUCCGGAGACCCCGAAGUGGGUGAAUGGAGGGAAGAGACCCCUGGUGGGGAUGCCGAGGUGAAGGGCGGGGAACCAAAUGACAAGGAAAUUGAUGGAGAUACAGCUGAAACGGUGCUCAAAGAGAAAGAAACCUGCGAGGGAGAAGAGUAUACAGAGAAAGAGAAGAACGAAGGUGAACUACACAGCCCAUAUGAAGAGGAAUUGGAUCCCAGAAUUCAGGAGGAGUUGGAACACCUCAACGAGGCCAGUGUAGAAAUCAACCAACUAGAACUGCACUUGGAUGAUGCCAGAUCGGGUUACAGGAAGAUCCUCACAGACUCGGCCAGAAAACUGAACGCCCACAGCUCCCAGCUUGGUACCUGCAUCGAGAAGGCCAGGCCCUACUAUGAGGCUCGUCGACUUGCCAAGGAGGCUCAGCAGGAGACCCAGAAGGCGGCGCUGAGCUACGAGCGGGCUGUCUCCAUGCACACGGCUGCCAGGGAGAUGGUUUACGUGGCAGAGCAGGGCCUCAUGGCCGACGGCAAGAACACCCUGGACCCCACCUGGCAGGAGAUGCUCAACCAUGCUACCUCCAAGGUGAACGAGGCAGAGGAGGAGCGCCUACGCAGCGAACGGGAGCACAUGCGUGUCACCCACUCUUGUCAGACAGCAGAGGCUCGAGUCCAGACCCUGCAGAAAUCUCUCAAGAGGGCCAUCGUUAAAUCCAAGCCUUACUUCGAGCUCAAGGCCCAGUUCAACUACAUACUUGAGGAGCACAAAACCAAAGUGAUGCAGCUGGAGGAGCAUGUGACCAAAGUGAAAAACCGCUACUCUGUCGCCCUGCGCAACCUGGAGCAAAUUAGUGAGGCCAUCCACGCUCAGCGGGGGCGGGGCCAAACUGAAGGUGGACAAACCACGGCCUGUGGUGGGCGGAGUCCCCCUAUUGGGGCGGAGUCGGACAGUGGGGUGUGUGGUGCCGAAGGUGGGGCAUGUGGAGGAGGGGCAAUAGAGACUGACAGGGUGGACAGAAGUGGAGUGGCGUAUAAGAAAAUUGGGCUGGUGGAGAAAUACAGGGAGAACGGGCGAGAGAGGCCCGAGACACAUGGAGAGAGAGCAGGGUCAGAUUCCCUCUCCGUCUUCAGUCUGCAGACCAUCGCUUCCGACCUGGAGAAAUGUGAUUCCAUCGAACACCUCGGGGAAUUUAGCGAUGUGGGCAGUCUGCCUGGGGAGGAUGGAGAGAAUGAGAGGGAGGAGAGAGGGGGAGGGAGGGAAAGAGAAAGAAGGGAAGGGCAAAUGCAGCGCCAACAGCACUUCCUGAAGCAACAUCACAGGAGCUUCAGCUUGUGAGAGCUGUCUUCAUCGCUUAUAGUUUAUCAAUUGAAAAGAAAGUGUCCGGUCUAGCUAGCUCAUUAUCCUGGCAAAAUAGCUAAAUAUAUGAUAUAAAAUAUAUGAUGAAAAUCAGAUCUGCUGUAACUAAAGUAACACAUUUAAACAGGGGUGUAUGAUACUCAGUAUUAACAAAGCACAGGUACGUUGGCAAAUAAGACCUGACAAUAUAAGGAGCCUGACAGGUUUUGCAUCAUAUUACAACACUACGGAAACUCCUAGACCGUACAUGCCUCUGAGAUUAGCUGCUUUACUUCCCUUAUUCUGGCAAUAAGGAAACCUUAGACACGUAUGUCCUAGUGCAUGAAGGAACAAUCUAAGUAAGAGACUACAACGGACAUGACUGAAUUUAUGGUGCAAGUAUGUUCUUCUUGUGCAACAGGAAAGUAAGUGUGAAUUCAUAUGCACGUCACCAUUUGUUAUUAGUUUCGCACUGUAAAUAUUAUUUUAGUACAUAAAUUCAAACGCGUAUUGCAAAAAGUGCAAGAAGAAUAAGGUUUUUUACUUAUUCUGGAAACCUGGUUUCAGGGUUUGAAUCAACAGGAACCCAAAACAUACUAAAGAGGGUUACAAACUCCCUUCUGACAACUUGCUUGAUGACAGAAAGCACUCCAGACUAUUUAUUGUGUACUAGGAUUCAGGGCUAAAAGAUCACGCUGACAUAAUAUUAUGUUUUACUUGUUAACAUUUUAAGCCCAUAAUUUUAAGAUCCUUUGUUUUGUAUUUUUAAAAGAAAAUAAUUUCCCAAGAAUAUAUUUUUUCUUUAGAGCCUCUUGGGUCGUAAACUGAAGUGUGCCUUGCCCUUGACACAGUACGACACAGACAGACAGUAUAGCACUGGCUGCAACAGCAUACUGUUCAGAUCUGUGUAUACAGUAUUAAACUGGUCAACAAAUGAGAAAUACUCCCAUGAAGGACAUGCUUUUGACCAUAUGAUUAAUUUGAAAUUUGAAUAAUAUAUGAUUCAUCCUAACACUGUUUUGCCUAGACUUGUUUUAUUGUUUUAUUUUUUUAUUAAUUUGAAUGUUGUCUGUGUACUGCUUUGGCAAAGUGGAGGGUACAAGAAAUGUAUUCAAGAGAUGAAAUGUAAGUUUGUGUAUAAUUACAACAUUAUAGAGAAAAUAAUGACAUUUACAGAUUUAUUUGAAUAUUUGAGAACGUCUUUGUAUAGUUAUUUUAAAGGGAUCUUAUUUAAUGCUGGUUAUCUUCUGUAUUCCUGAUCUGACCUCUCUGUCCCGCUCAUUCGUAAAGUCUCUGGUGCAGUAGUGUAAUGUCACCCAGCUAUAUAGUACAAUUCACUGUUGUUAUUUACAUGUAUGCAAUAUCAUACAGUUAAACAAUAAAAUAAGAGGAAUCUUGAA